AGAUCGCAGUAUGUAAGGAAUUUUAGAAGGGAUAAUCCUUUCGCAUGGCUGUAUGACUUGGAUCCUAAUCAUUCACAUUUUAUCCUUGUUGAAAAUGGUACUCCAGAUAAGUUCAGAAGAAUGUUUGAAUAUACUAUUGCAGAAAUGAAUAUUCCAGAGAGAGAAGUCAAGAUUCCAGCUGUUGUAGUAUUGGUUGGAGGUGAACUGGAAACUCUGAAGUCAGUGUAUGAUUCAAUAUCACGCAACAUCCCAGUUGUAAUAGUAAAGGAUUCUGGUCGAGCAGCAGAUAUUAUGGCAAAAGCUUACCAAACAAAACUCAAAAAUUCAAAUGAAGAAGAUGAAGACAAAAAUGACAGAUCAGAUCAAGCAGUAGGUAUCAUGAAACAACAUGAAAACACAUUAAUAGAAAUGGUAAUUAUGAAUAAAUCUAGUAUGGGUUUAACCAGUUCUGGGCACCUGGCUCUGGCU